CUUUCUUCUCUUCACACGACGUUGACAAACGUUUCUCUAGUUUUUCCCAGAAUAAUUUCUAAAUUGGUGCAGAGUGUAAUUUUAGUAMUGCUGUAAAAACUGAAAUAUUAUUUAAUAUAUAAAAUCUAAUUGCACCAAAAUAACUGCAAUCUCCUUCAAUGCGUGUAUUUCAUCGAUUUUUAUAUUUAUACGGUUGUAAAAAGUUGUAAAUCGGCUGAAUUUUGUGAAAUAAAACAUCGAGCAAAUAAGUUAACACUUGGCUUGUCUGUCGUGUGAAGGACGAAUCAUAUUCGAGACAAAAGAACGACAGUAAUUGGCAGAUUUUAGCAAAUAAAAUUUCGCUGAUUACAUUCAUCUGAUAAUUCACCAGAUUUUGCAUUAUGUCUGGCAGUGAAGACGGACAAUUACAAAGUCCUGGCAAUGAUAAUUUUGGAUUAAGCGGUGACGAAGAUGCGGAUUCUUUGGACAUUAAACCACCACAAGCGAACGUGCUGCACUCGCGCGACUCCACCGGCUCGCGGCGCAAAGACAAGUCGUCUAAAGAGAAAAAACAUUCCAAAGAGAAGAAACAUCGCAGCGAGCGCGAACGAGGAAGUGGGCGUGAACGUGGCGAUAGGGAACGCGAUCCACGCGAUUACGACACACGGGAACCACAUGGCCGAGAGCGUGACAUGCGCAACGACCGCGGCGGAGGUCCUCGUCCAGGUGAUAUAGAGCGAGGUCGCGACCACCGACGUGGCGGCGAGGAGCGUGAAGAGAUGUUGCGUUAUCACCAACGCGGCAGCAGCGGUUAUGAGCGCGAUGACGUUAUUAACAAAGAUAUGAUGUCGAAUAGCGAGCGCCGUUAUGCAAAGCAAUACGAAWCACACAAUGAGGUGCGACGUAAUAGUGGUGGAGGCGGCGGUGGCGCUGUUUAUCAUCAACAAUAUCAACACUCACAUAUGCAGCGACAAAGACCGGAUUACUACGAACGCAGUUCAGGUGGCGGCGGGUACCAUCAUGGCGGUCUGGAUUAUUAUAACAAUCGCCACCAACAGCAACAACCAUACGGUGGUGGUGGCAAGCAUACACAUGUUGAAUACAAUGAUGUCAACUAUGAGGUGCAACGUGAGCGGCGCAAAUAUAACUACGAAGCGCAGAACGAAUCGGAAAGCAUUGAACAGGAUUUGCGUUCACGACUGCUUAGUAAAAGGCAUAAAUAUGUAAAAGGCAGUGGCGGCGAUAUGAUCGAGCUAACGGAAAGUUAUGAGACAACAACAACAGUACAGCGACAACGGUUCAGUGAUGGUGAACGUAAUGAACGUUAUCGGCAGAAGCGCGAAAAGAUUAGAGAAUCCGUAAUUGAGGUGCUAGACAGUCCGGAGGUGGCUGAAGUGGAGGGUACAGCUGUAGAAGAAGGUGAAGCGCACCGCCAACGCCGCAAACAUAAACGGCGCAACAAAGAGCGUGCAAUCGUCCAAGUGGAGACGGUUGUGUCGACGGAACGCGUCGACCGCACAGAAAAACGCAAAACUCCUGAGGAUCCGGAGGUAUUGUCACGACGGGAAAAAAUACUAGCUGUGGAACGUGAGAAGGAAAAACGCAAAGAAAAAGCACGUGAGGAAUUGGAAGCACGCCGUCGUGCUAGAAAUGCGCUUAGUCCAAGCGCUGUGGCAGCGUCCGUUACUGCUGGGCUCAACGUCAUGAAACGUAAGAAACAGGAAGAGUUGGCCGAGGUGGUUGUAAAAGUUAAACGAUCAAAGAAAACUUCAAAGCAGCGUAGCGACGAAGAGGAAGAAGGUGAGGCGUUAGACAGUGAUGACGAAGACGAUGAGGCAGAUGAGGAUGAUAGCGACGAUAUGGAAACGGACAGUGGCAGUGGUGAUAGUGAAAGUGACACCGAAAGCCAUUCUGAGGUGGAAGCUGCUGAGGGGCGGCACGAAAAACAUUACCGUAAGCAUAGCAAAACAGAGAAGAGGAAAAGGAGUAGAAGGCAUCAUAACCAUCGGAUGCGUAACAAUGGUGUUGAUAAUGACGAUAACACUGAUGAUGAUGACGAUGACGAUGAUGAGGAAGAUGAAGAUGACCUAGAACUACCCGAAAGUCCACUUUCUAUAGGUGAGCUUUCGAAAUCGCCUCGUCGUCAACAUCGCACAAAAAAGCACAAGAAGAAAAAAUCCAAAAAGCACAUAGAAAACGAUGACGAAGAUGGCGAUCAACGUUUAUCACGUUCGCGUUCUCAUUCCGCCCAUUCAAUCUCCCACUCACGUUCAGUUUCGCGCUCUCGUUCACACUCACCUCGCAGAAAGAGCAUACAUUCACGUUCGCUUUCGCAUUCAGGUUCACGUGAGUCUUCACGACACCGCACAACACAUUCACGAUCACGUUCUCGUACUCGUUCACGUUCAGAUUCGCAUUUUGAUUCACGGUCAGUGUCUUCACGCUCGCGCUCACCUUCCCAUUCAUCAGGUUCGCGCUCGCGUUCAAAGUCGCGAACACGUUCACGCUCACGUUCAGAAGAGCGCGAUAUGAAAUCGGCRCAUAAAUCGGAGGCAGAAGCUACUGCUGGUAACAAGCGUCGUGUAGAAGGUGGUAGCCGAGAUGACUCGCCAGCACGCGAUGACAAAGGUGCACCACUGCCAGACUAUUUUCCAGGCAUACAGGGUUGUCGCUCUGUCGAAGAAUUCCAAUGUCUGAAUCGCAUUGAGGAGGGYACAUACGGUGUGGUAUACCGCGCCAAGGAUAAACGUACCAACGAGAUAGUUGCUUUAAAACGCUUAAAAAUGGAGAAGGAAAAGGAAGGCUUUCCCAUAACAUCUUUACGCGAAAUCAAUACUUUACUAAAAGGUCAGCAUCCAAACAUAGURACGGUUCGCGAAAUAGUUGUUGGCUCCAAUAUGGAUAAGAUUUUCAUUGUUAUGGAUUAUGUGGAACACGACUUGAAAUCGUUGAUGGAGACGAUGAAGGCGCGUAAGCAAUUCUUCCUUCCCGGCGAAGUCAAGUGUCUGGUGCAGCAAUUAUUGCGAGCGGUUGGCCAUUUACAUGAUAACUGGAUAUUACAUCGCGAUUUAAAGACGUCUAAUUUGUUGCUAUCGCACAAGGGUGUGCUGAAAGUAGGCGAUUUCGGUUUGGCGCGAGAAUAUGGUUCACCAUUGAAAAAUUACACCUCAUUGGUUGUUACUCUAUGGUAUCGAGCACCGGAGUUAUUGCUUGGCACACUGGAAUAUUCAACACCCAUCGACGUCUGGUCGGUGGGUUGCAUUUUUGGGGAAUUCUUACAAAUGGGGCCACUAUUUCCCGGCAAAACGGAGACAGAUGAGCUAAACAAAAUUUUCAAGGAACUCGGCACACCAAACGAACGAAUUUGGCCCGGUUAUAAAGAUUUGCCAAUUGUUAAGAAUAUGUUAAGCCAGAAUUCCCAAUUCGCUGACUAUCCUGUUUCAAAUUUACGUAGGCGUUUCGCCGACAAAACCACCGACUUAGGCAUUGACUUGCUACAGGGUCUUCUCACCUAUGAUCCCAAGAAAAGACUGACCGCUGAAGCGGCCCUUAAACACAGCUACUUCAAUGAGCUGCCUCUGCCCAUCGAUCCAUCUAUGUUUCCUACAUGGCCGGCAAAAAGUGAAUUGGGUGCGCGUAAAGCGCUCGCCUCCUCGCCUAAACCACCAUCUGGCGGUUCGCAGUUUAAACAAUUGGGUCGAGACGAAAUACUUGUGGGCAGUAGUGGUGGAAGCAAUGCGGCCGGUGUUGCCAAUAGCAGUAGUAAAGUUAUAUCUGGCAUUAUAACAGGCAAUAAGAAAACUGCUGCGAAUACUGGUUUUGUGCUAAAUGCAGGCAUUGAUCAGCGUCAACUGGCCAUGGGUCCGGGAUUCAAUUUAAAAUUUUAAUAAACACUUUGCCACGCACUAUUUGUUAACUGAUAUUUGAGUGUGAAUGUGUUUAACAGUACUAUUGCUUUUACAAAAUAUAUUAGUCAUUAAUUAACCGUUCUAGUUAAUUACGAGCAUAAGAUCCAGAUUUAUCAUUUUUCGYUAAAUAUGAAUAGCUCGUAAGCUACAGUCCAGAAAAAUUGUUAAAACCGUCACUUAAAUCAUUUGAAUUUACCAUUAUCACAAAAGAAGUUCAACCAAACGAUUUUACCAACAAAACAAAGAGAAUCCUUGAGAGCUUAAAACAAAAAACUCGUAAUUUUAGAAACUGUUAAUAAUAACAUCUAAAUAAUUUUAGAUAAAAAUUUAUCGUUGAAAUUGUACAAAUUACAUACACGCAUUAGAGUUGGCGGCAGGUUUAUACCUAAAGGCUUACACGAGGUCAGGCAAACAUAAUAAUCAUUAAAGAAGUAGAACAACAGUUGGAUAGAUAUAAGCAUUUUUUGAGUAA